CCGCCCGGCAGCAGCGCGCGGCAGCGGCGGCCAUGGCGGUGAAGGCGCUGAACCCCAAGGCCGAGGUGGCCCGGGCGCAGGCCGCGCUGGCCGUGAACAUCAGCGCGGCCCGCGGGCUGCAGGACGUGCUGCGCACCAACCUGGGCCCCAAGGGCACCAUGAAGAUGCUGGUGUCAGGGGCCGGAGACAUCAAGCUGACCAAAGAUGGCAACGUGCUGCUGCAGGAAAUGCAAAUCCAACACCCCACAGCCUCCUUGAUAGCAAAAGUAGCAACAGCACAAGAUGACAUCACGGGAGAUGGUACCACCUCAAAUGUCCUGAUCAUUGGGGAGCUCCUGAAGCAGGCAGACCUCUACAUUUCUGAGGGUUUGCACCCUAGGAUAGUCGCAGAAGGGUUUGAGAUUGCGAAGGAUAAAGCCCUUGAAGUUUUGGAGCAGGUUAAAGUAACCAAGGAGAUGGACAAGGAGACCCUGAUGGAUGUUGCCAGGACAUCCCUCCGUACGAAGGUGCACGCUGAGCUGGCGGAUGUGCUGACGGAGGCUGUAGUGGAUUCUGUGCUGACAGUCAGAAAACCAGGGGAGCCAAUUGACCUCCACAUGGUAGAGAUUAUGGAGAUGAAGCACAAGUCAGAAACUGACACAACGCUGAUCAGGGGCCUGGUUCUGGAUCAUGGAGCUCGUCACCCUGACAUGAAGAAACGAGUGGAAGAUGCUUUUGUUCUCACGUGCAACGUGUCUCUAGAAUAUGAGAAAACAGAGGUGAGCUCUGGAUUCUUCUACAAAAGUGCUGAAGAGAGAGAGAAGCUAGUGAAAGCAGAAAGGAAGUUCAUUGAAGACAGAGUGAACAAAAUCAUAGACUUGAAAAGAAGAGUCUGUGGUGAUUCAGAUAAAGGAUUUGUUGUCAUCAACCAGAAGGGAAUUGACCCGUUCUCCUUGGACGCGCUUGCGAAGGCGGGAAUAGUGGCUUUGCGGAGAGCUAAAAGGAGGAACAUGGAGAGGCUGACCCUCGCGUGCGGUGGCACCGCCAUGAACUCGGUGGAGGAUUUGUCCCCUGAGUGCCUGGGACAUGCAGGGCUGCUCUAUGAGUACACACUGGGAGAAGAGAAAUACACCUUCAUUGAGAAGUGUGACAACCCCCGCUCGGUCACGCUGCUCAUCCGGGGCCCCAACAAGCACACGCUGACCCAGAUCAAGGACGCGGUGCGGGACGGGCUGCGGGCGGUGAAGAACGCGCUGGAGGAUGGGUGUGUGGUGCCAGGAGCAGGUGCACUGGAAGUAGCUGUAGCCAACGCUCUCGUCAAGCACAAGCCCAGUGUGAAGGGAAGGGCCCAACUGGGCGUUCAGGCGUUUGCUGAUGCGCUCCUCAUCAUCCCCAAGGUGCUGGCACAGAACUCUGGGUACGACCCGCAGGAGGCACUGGUGCGGGUGCAGACGGAGCAUGCGGAGUCAGGGCAGCUCACCGGGGUUGACCUGAACACUGGGGAGCCCAUGGUGGCUGCAGCUGCUGGGAUCUGGGAUAAUUACAAUGUCAAAAAGCAGCUGCUUCAUUCAUGCACGGUGAUCGCCAGCAACAUUCUCUUGGUGGAUGAAAUCAUGCGAGCUGGGAUGUCCUCCCUCAAAGGCUGAGGUGGCCCCUGGUGACCCCCCCAGCUCCAUCUGCCACGGGGCUUUUCCCCACCCUGGGAGUUGCACUGCUGGAGGGAGCAGCGCCUCUGUGCUCAACGUGGCCACUCAAACUAUCAGCAACUUAGCGGAAUGUGGGGUUCUAAAAAGCAGUUAUUUAUUUCUCACCACAGUGCAUCACCAAGUUGCUUUCCUUUUUACCCAAUAAACUGUUACCUUCUGGGCUUUA